UGUACAACAAACGGACUUUGAGUUUUAAAUUCUACUGUGUUUGUGAACUGAAAAAAUUAUUUGCUAGAGCUCUUUUUAAGCCUUUUCUUAAAAUUACCGGGGGGAUGAAGAGCAACUUCACACUCAGUGCAUGGCAGACAACAUGGUAUAUGGUUAUUUUUAUACUAGGUUUAGUCGGUAACGGUAUUGUCAUUUUUGUUAUCAUGAAAUCAAAAACUAUCCAACGUGAUGCACCAUUUAAUAUCUAUUUGCUAGCCCUGGCAAUCAUUGAUAUGUUGAUCUCAAUCAUAUGUGUUCCAACAUACGCGCUAUCAACGGAUGCGUUUUUACAUCCAUCAGGAGAAUAUGGUGAAGUACUAUGCAAAUUAGUAACGGGCUAUACCAUACCAUUCUGGCUUUUAGAUGUCUCGGUAUUUUUGCUAGUUGCUAUAGCAGUUGAAAGACGUAAAGCGAUAAUCGAUUCUUUCUCCACGUUGCAAUACCGAUCAAUAAAGUUAACUUUGUCAUAUGUGGGAAUAGCUUUGUUGAUGGGAAUUUUAACGCAGGCACCCACUUACUAUGGUGCGCAUUACGAAUCACGUAAUGCUACAGUUGGCAACGCAUGCAAAUAUGACUGCGGAAGCACAACCAUGGACAUACUGCAUUACAGUGCUUUCACAUUGGAAUGUAUUGUUCCAUCUAUAGUGCUCUUUAUAUGCUUUCGACACAUCAAAAAGCAUUUGACAAAAUUUGAAGGAGAAUUACAUCAUUCUAUACCAGAUUACUAUAAAGCCAAAAAUAAAAAAUUCAUUCCAAAUAUUGCACAUAAAAAGGACACCAUAGGAACAUUCAAGAUAAUCGUUAUUGUGUUUUUGGUAUGUGUCGCCCUGAACGAGAUUACUUAUGUAUUGUUAGAACCCGUAUUGAACAUUACUAGCCUUCAAUGGAACUCAAGUUUGUAUCAGGUUACUGUGAUGCUACGCUUCUCAAACUCAUGUCUUAAUCCUAUCUUAUACAGUUUUCGAAGCAAGUCUUUUCGUAAGAAAGUUCGUGAUGUUUUCAACGAUAUGACGUUGAUAAAAAUGUUAAAAAUACGAAAAGAGAAUCAGAUUAAUAUGUAUACCAAAUUUUCUAAUGUAAUAUAAAAAUAACAAAACGAAGAUGUGGUAAUUUGGAACGCAUAUAUAAUCACAGGUUCUGUAUACAGUUGACUCCCUCUAAUUCAAAUCUCUAUAAUUCGAAUCCUUCUAUAAUUCGAACAAGUGCUCACUCACCGUCAAUUUUCCUUAAGA